CCGUGUCCCCCCAGCCCACAUCGAGGUGAUUCCCUGCAAGAUCUGCGGGGACAAAUCCUCCGGGGUGCACUACGGGGUCAUCACCUGCGAGGGCUGCAAGGGCUUCUUCCGGCGCAGCGAGCGGCGCGGGCCGAGCCUGGCGUGUCACCGCGGGCAGCGCUGCGACAUCGACCGCGCCACCCGCACGCGCUGCCAGCACUGCCGCCUGCAGAAGUGCCUGCGCCUCGGCAUGUCCCGCGACGCCGUCAAGUUCGGCCGCAUGUCCAAGAAGCGGCGGGACCGGCUCCAGGCCGAGGUGCGGGAGCAGCUGGAGAAGCGGGAGAAAAACCGGGAACAAAACCGGGAACAAAACCGGGAACACCGGGAACAAAACCGGGAACAGCCGGAACAGCUGGAGCACCGGGAAAACCGGGAAAAACGGGGAAAAGGGGAACAGCGGGAGCAGGAACGGGCGGCCCCGGGGCCACCCGGUGUCGCCCGCUGUCCCCCGCUGUCCCCCGCCGUCCCCGCGGGCUGUCCCAGCAGGGCGUGGCCCGCGGAGGAGGCGACAAGGCGGGGACAGGACGGGGACACGGCGGGGACAGCGGGGCCGAUCCCUCGGGCCGGUACCGGCGGCGUCCCGGAGCCACCCGCGGGGCUGGAGAUCGAGCUGCUGACGCAGAGUGUCCUGCUGUCACACCGUGCCACGUGCCACCCCCGCGCCGAGGACCUCCAGGGCCACCGCUGGGCCACCUUCAGCCCCGAGGAGAUCCGCGCCUACCAGAGCCAGCCCGCGGCGGAGAUGUGGCAGCGCUGUGCCCGCCGUGUCACCGAGGCCAUCGAGCGCGUGGUGGCGUUCGCCAAGCGCCUGCGCGGCUUCCUGCAGCUCAGCCAGCACGACCAGAUCGUCCUGCUCAAGGCGGGGGCCAUGGAGGUUGUCCUGCUGCGGAUGUGUCGCGCCGUGGACGCCGCCACGGGCACGGUCCUGUUCGAGGGCAAGCUGGCGGGGCCCGAGCUCUUCCUCUCGCUGGGGUGUCCCGAGCUCGUCGCGUCCGUGUUUGACUUCGCGCGGGGGCUGAGCGCGCUGCGCUGCUCCGAGAGCGAGCUGGCGCUGCUGAGCGCGCUGCUGCUGCUCAACGCCGGCCGGCCGUGGCUGCAGGACCGCCCGCGGGUGGCGCGGCUGCAGGGACAGCUCGAUGUCGCCUUCCGGCUCCUGCUGCGCCGGACCCGCCGCGAGGGGCUGCUGGCACGGCUGCCCGCCCCGGGCCGGCUCCGCGCUCUGUGCUCGCAGCACCUGGAGCAGCUCCAGGCUUUCCGCCGCCGCCACCCCGCGGGGGCCUCGGCCGCCUUCCCCCCGCUCUACCGGGAGCUCUUCGCCCCCGACCCCGCCGAGGGCCCCGCGGGGACCCGCUGAGCGACACCGGGACCACCGGGACCACCGGGACCCUGCUGAGCGCGACAUCGGGACCGCCGGGACCCCCGGGAUCACCGGGACCCCCGGUAUUACCGGGACCCCCGGCAUCAGCGGGACCUCCGGGAU